AUGAUUCUCCACUGCCCUGCACUUUGUGUAUUCAUCUACAUCGGAGUGCAAAAUGCUGUCAAAUCAGAAUCUCUGCUGGGAAUAUCUUUGUACACCUACUUUGCACAGUCUCUCCCAUUUACUGGCCCUAUUCAUGGCGGUCUUCAUGACGGAUUGAUGGUUAUCAUCAGUGGAACUGUUCUUCCUACAUGUGACAGUACUUGUGAAAGUCAGAAUUGGGGAAGAGAGGAGAGGAAAGAUGAAAUGCCUUUUUUAAAAGGUUACCCCUUUGAGAUUCGGGUUUUGGUAAAACACGAUUCAUUCCAGGUUGCUGUAAAUGGAAAUCCCUUUGUGCAGUACAAGCACCGAAUUCCACUUUCCAAAGUGAACCACCUUAGUGUGUCUGGGGGUGUGGAUGUGGCAAUCAUCAGUUUCCAAGAUACUGCUCCCCCAGGUGCUUGGAGUGCUAGAGAAGCUGGGAUCACCAGUGCAGCUUUCCCACCUACACAGUUCGCUCCUGGAUCAACAUAUAGUUCAAAUCCUGCUUUCCCACCUGGACCAUACCAGCCGCAAACUUAUCCUGUGCCAUACCACACUUUGAUUGUUGGAGGAUUUUAUCCAUCAAGAUCUCUCAUAAUAACAGGGACCAUUCCUCAUGGUGCUGACCGAUUCCAUGUCAAUCUGAAAUGGGGCGAACACGUUGCCUUCCAUCUAAACCCAAGAUUCUCUGAGAAGACCAUUGUUCGCAACAGUCAGCUGAACCACCGCUGGGGGCCAGAGGAACGUGGCUUGCCAAGUGGCAUGCCUCUCAGCUGUGGGCAGAGCUUCUCAAUCUGGAUUUUAUGCGACGCUCACUGCUUUAAGGUGGCUGUGAAUGGACAACACCAGUUUGAAUACAACCAUCGAGUUCCUAACCUGCAGCAGAUAGACAGGCUUGAAGUAGAGGGUGAUGUUAUCCUGACCUGCGUUCAGGUUUAAAGAUGAAAUCCUACAUACAAUUUAUAUAACCAAGUCAGUUGCUGUGUAUGCCUCCUAAAAUUAGCAGUUUACUAGGGAAUUUGCUAUUGAAACUUAAUCAAGAAUCUAAUUCUUUUUUUAUAACCACUUCAACCUAACUAGUAAUCCUGCUAUUUCUACAAUACCAACCCACGCUUUUUGCAUAAGCUUUUCAUAGGCUAGAACGUUACUUCUGUUCAGAUCAUAUUGUUCAUUUUAUAAGCCUUUUUACUAUGAUGAUACCUUAAUUUUAUAAGUGAAUGAUCAGGGAUCUGUGCAUUAAAGUUAACAUUAAAACAUUUGGAGAAAAUGCGGUGCGGUGCUGUCUUCAGAACUCAGGUUUUUUUUUUCAAACUUAAGGUUGAGUAUUGCCAUCUUGAUGGAUAAAGAUUCUGUCUACAUUGCAAGUUACUGGGGAGAACUGAAUCUACAGCGCACCAACUUGCUGCACAUUAAAGUCCCGCAACUUUCCCUGCGUCGUAGCAGAAUUCACCUGGGACAUUACUGAGCGGCAAGGUGGUAUGCUGUAGACUCUCACCUGGCUUGCCCUGCAGUAACUUGCCAAGUAGACAAGCCCCUAGGAGAUGGAAGCCAGGUAAAUGGGAAAAAGCCCAGGGAAACAGCAGCAAGGGGUAGGACUGUGCAGACCUUUGUUGCUUGUUAGAGGAUCCCUGGUCUGGAACUCAGUGUAGAGGGUGGGCCUGGGUUCCCCUGCCAGGCACUGGGAAAUGACAUGGGGUGUUGCAGAUACCAGCUGGACAGACACCGAGCUUUAUAUGCAGCAGACGCUGCGGCAGCCCAGGCUGGGGGAGGGAUGAGGCAGCAAAGGAUACCGAGCACUUUAUCUGUUCCAUUUAUUCCUGUACUGAAAGCAAUUACGUAAGGCUUCAGAUCAGUCACCACCACUGGGACUUCAUUUACAGUCCAGACCAGUUGAUAUAAGGAGUAAAUUCAUAAUGAAUUAGAACAGAUCACUGCUGCUUGUAAUCCCUUCCUAUAAUCGCCCUGUUUCCUCUUCCUGUUAAUGGGAGGUUCCUGGAAUGGUGGAAUUAAGUAGCGUAUGUAAGUGGAGUCUGUAAUAUGGUGAAAAUUGACGUAUUUUCUUUUGAAAUGUGAUGUAAACUUUGUACAGUACAUUUUUAAAAAUAUUUUCUAUCAACUGAGUUUGUCUUCCAGAAUUGCUAUUAAUUUAAUUAAAAUUGUUGGUAUUCACAAAGGGUUCUGUAUUAGUUUAUGCAACUGGCAAAAAAAAAUUGCACUCUACGCUAAUGAAAUUCUGGAUAUUUAGGAUUCUUUUCUGUGAAUAAAUCUCUGCUCUGGAUAAAACACAA